UUCCGUUUCCGGCCGCGGCGGGAGCGCCGCCGUGUCCCCGGAGGGACGGCGGGGCCCGGGCGGUGACACCGGCGGUGACACCGGGCAGGGCCGGGCCGGGCACAGCCACCGCCGCGCUCCCCGCGCCGCCCGGGCCGGGCCGCCGCUCCCCCGGGCCGGGCGGGGUCACCUUCAUGGGCGGGCGGGAGCGCGCGGCGCUGCCCGGGGCCUGCUGAGGCGGCGGCGGGGGCGGAGCGCCGGGAGCGGGACCGGGGGCGAUGUUCGUGCAGGAGGAGAAGAUCUUUGCGGGGAAGGUGCUGAGGCUCCAUGUGUGCACCAUGGAGGGCGCCGAGUGGCUGGAGGAGGUGCCCGAGGACACCACGGUGGAGAAGCUCAAGGAGCGGUGCCUGAAGCACUGUGUUCCUGGCAGCUUGGAGGAUCCCAAAACUGUGACACAUCAUAAGCUGAUCCAUGCUACUUCUGAGAAGGUGCUGACAGACACAAAAACAGUGUUGGAAGAGAACAUUCAGGACAGAGAUGUGUUGCUGCUGGUCAGGAAGCGUGCGCCGACGCUGCUCCCCAAGAUGGCAGAUGUGGUUGCAGAGGAGAAGAGGAAGCAGGAGCAGAAGGCUCCUGACAAGGAUGCCAUCCUCAAAGCCACUGCCAACCUGCCUGCCCGCAGCGUGGACCGCACCAUGACCCACCACAACAUGAGGGAUUUUCCUUUCUUGCAGUUCCAGACAGAGCUCCGGAAGAUUUUAGUGUCUCUCAUAGAAGUUGCACAGAAAUUGCUAGCACUGAACCCUGAUGCAGUUGAACUAUUUAAGAAGGCAAAUGCCAUGCUGGAUGAGGAUGAGGAGGACAGGGUGGACGAGAUCGCGCUGCGCCAGCUCACCGAGAUGGGCUUCCCAGAGAGCAGAGCUGUCAAAGCCCUCCGGCUGAACCACAUGUCAGUGACCCAGGCCAUGGAGUGGUUGAUAGAACACGCUGAUGACCCUUCUGUGGAUGCUCCUCUGCCAGGUCAGGCUCCUGCAGAAGCCCCAGCUGAAGGUGCAGCCUCCUCUGCUGAGGCAGCUGCAGGUCCCAGCUCGGAGGAGGGCGGGGAAGAGGCCAAGGAUGAGCUGACGGAAAUCUUCAAGAAGAUCCGGAGGAAAAGAGAGUUUCGUCCAGACCCACGGGCUGUCAUUGCCCUGAUGGAGAUGGGAUUUGAUGAAAAGGAAGUGGUGGAUGCACUCAGAGUGAACAACAACCAGCAAAAUGCAGCUUGUGAGUGGCUGCUGGGAGACAGAAAACCUUCUCCUGAGGACUUAGAUAAGGGCAUUGACACCAACAGCCCUCUCUUCCAAGCCAUCUUAGAAAACCCAGUGGUACAAUUAGGGCUCACCAACCCUAAAACUCUACUAGCCUUCGAGGAUAUGCUUGAAAACCCCUUGAACAGCACUCAGUGGAUGAACGAUCCUGAAACGGGGCCGGUGAUGUUACAGAUCUCCCGAAUCUUCCAGACACUGAAUCGCACGUAGAGGGAGCUGCCAGUGCACUGUGCCACUUCCCCCUGCCCCUCACUCCCCCUCCACUUCCACGGGAGGGUGCCUGGAUGGUUGGGAAGGGGUGGAUGGGAGGGAGAGAGGGAGGGAGGGAAGGGGGGAGAUCCCGGCUGGAAGGGGUCUCUCGCACCAGAGCUUUCGUAGUUACGGCCAACAGGAGUGAGUUGCCUUGUGGAUUUAGUGUUAGUGGAAGAGGUUUGAGGAUUUGUUUAUGUUUUCAGGUAUUAGGUUUAAAAUAAAGUAUAUAUAUAAAAAAAAAAUAAAAUAGGAAAAAGGUUUUGUGAAAACACUUAAGAAUCUGAUUGUUGGAAAGAAAUAUUGCUCGUUCAAAAGGCCUGUGACAGUUUUCUGGCCAGUUUUUCUAGGAUCUGGCUGGUGUUUACAAAAGGUCACUGACCACUAGCAUAGGUUAUUAAUCAUCUCCAUACAGUAUUAAUUUAUGGCUCUUAUCAAAUUGAAAAACCGCUUUUUAAAAAAAAAAAUAAAUAAAUUGAUUCUUAGGAAAUGUUUUUUAAAAGCCCAAAUCUUGGGAAAGCAAGCACAUUUCUAUCCAAGCUUGUUUAUCUGGCAUUCUAAUUUAAGCAGAAUCAUUCAGAGAUGGAAUUCUAAUAAAUAGCAUUACUUUUUCCUAUUUA